CCAACAUUACAGACGCCACAAAAACACACCUGCAGAUUGGUACAAAAUAUCCCUCGUGAAAAUUUCAUCCAACACCAACGGAGCAUUUCAGUCAGGGAAUGAGUCAGUGACAAACCAUUUUUUGCCGAAAUAAGAGAACAGAGAACAAUAUUUCUAUUUAUUCAUUUGUCUAUAAGCAUGCAUUAUAUUUAUACGAAGAUCAGUGUUUCCAUACACGGUAGCCAUUUCCGAUAUGAGACACGCUAUUGCCCGAAAUUCUUCCUCGAGUGAAAAAUACUGUGCAAAAUUCGUCAGAAAAGUGAGACUAGUUGGAGAAUAACCAAUUUUCAUACCAUCAUGACGACAGAGCAUGACAAGCGUGGGUAGCUUGAUCAUGGGAGAUCACCAACACAUCCUGGAAAACCUCAUUCUGGUCAUCACUUCCAAACCUGAGAGUAAGGAAAUGUCUCCACGUUUGUCAGACUAGAUUGAUACGUACCUACACAAGUUGACUUCCGAGUUGGAUUAUCCCCUCACAAAAUGGCUCAACAUUCGCACUCCGUGUACGGAAAUGUGUACCCGUUUCAGUAUCAGAAAAACAGGUCCAGUCAUCACAACAUUUUCUGCCAGGCAAACAACAUCAAAGCGAAUAAACCCAUGAAUAAUGAGCUUAUGAGCAAAAAGAGUUUUUUUAAGAGUAGUGAAAUCCUCCAUCGUUCAGGACGCGUUCCUUUUUCGGACCGAAAUGGGAAAUUGCACAGAUCCAACCCACACAUCCAUUUUACCGGAGGAGGAGGAGAACUCAAGUUGUCGGAGACAAAUUCGGGUGGGGGUGGAUUAUUCUCGUCAAAACCAAGUUACCCAUCUCCCCCCAAAACUCCGAGCAAGUGGAAGACUGAGAUAUCCAACGCGGCGAAUUACUUCCCCAGGAAGUGGUGUGAUUUUGUCUUUAGACGAAAUUCUGACAACAAAUUAUAUCGCAGUGAAUCAUUUCGCUUUAUUCAGAAGACAAAUUCGCUCCUUCCACCACUCUCGGCAGGAUUGGACAAGUAUCGGAGCAAAAAAUUGCAGGUGAACGUGAGCGAAGACUACGUGGAGCCAUUGGAUCACGUUAUCGGAGAAACUUCUUCCCCAUCACAAGAGAGGGGUGGUAACAGUAAGUCAACGUCCUUCAAGGCAGGGUUGGCUUCAUCAUCAUCGCCGGAUAUUAAUGAGGAUUCAGUCGACGGUGAUAAUGACGACGAUGCUGCGUACAACGAAAUAAUUGAAAAUUACAAUGCCCCGUAUUAUUACUCUGACACAAUAAAACAGGAGCCCACGUAUUGCUCACCUUGCUCGACAUGGAAUAAUCAACACAGUAAAAGCUGUGUGAAUCUUGUCACUUCUUCUUCUGUUGAUAACCACACCCAGCAGAGCAAUUCGCCCCAUCCUCAUCCAUCCAAUUCCACGACGACUUUGUCUUCCCAAACGGAGUACAAAAGUACCAGUCCCCACUGCCAUCAUCAUAGCGUGGUCGUGGUCGGAGAAAGUUCCCCCCACCCACCAUCGACCCACCACCACCACGAGCUACCAAUACCCAGUUGUUCAGGAGGAGGUGGGGCAUAUAUGGCUCGUAAGCGAUAUGAAACAGCUUUUCUGCCAUCCAGCUCACACCACCCUUCACAAUCCUCAUCCCCCGAUGUAGACUACCUGCUGCUGGGCAUAGAAUCCUCUUGCUCCUUUGUCGACGGUCCUCGGAAGGAUCAUGACCACGUGCACCUGGAGGGUACCAGCACCGGCAGUAAUGGGGAACUUCGAAAAGAAUCAGGCUGGAGCAGCAGCAGGGUCGAAGUGGAGCCAUCUCUUUCUCGAUUAGAAUCAGAUCCAUCCAUGUCGUAUCGUCAACAAAAUAGUAACAGUCACAGUCAACAAAGCCAUUGUUCAGUACCGCAGCAUCAUAUAAGUGGAUCUACUACGACAAACAGUAGUCCUUUAUCUGAUAAGAAGCCAAAGCCAAAUAUGCCACUUUCCGAGCCCUUGCCACAAAAGAAAUAUGCCAACAACAAUAAUAAUAGUAAUGGUAGUUCUUCCUGCUCUUCCUCUAGUCCGUCGACAUCUGCGUCCCUCUCUUCCUGCCGACCGUCUGACAAGCGGUUACUGCUUACAAUGCUAAAGGACAACUCUGUGAGUUCUCUAGAAUCUAUUGACUCCACGAAAAGUGAGGACUUACACUCUUUCUCGCGUCAUUUCGGAGGUCAUAACCGGGGUGGUGGUGGAGGGAGCCAUAAUUGUGGUGGGGCUUUUGGCCGGGGAGGAGGAAACUGUAAGUUAUUGUCUCCAAUUUCGGAUAAAAGUCCUUUGGAGUCCAUUUCUGCUCAGCAUCAAACUUCAUCUUCGGGUGGUGUGGGUAGUGCUGUGAGUGAACAUCAGUCACAUCAUCAAAGCCACCAUCUCGAAAAACCUUGGCCAGGUCAUCACCAUCAUCAUCAUCACCACCAUCACAAUCAGAUAAUCAACACGGCCGAGCUGACAAAUGUUCCCUGGGACAUGCCUAAAAUUCGCAGAAGACUGGCUCUCCUGGCAGACUCUGGCAUUUCUUUAGAUUGUUCGGGAAAUACGCAAAGUGAAAGUGGGCAAUUUUCUUCGUCCGACAAUGAACGGAGGAGCUUUGAUGACUCAAACUUUCAGUAUACGUCAAGAACACAUAUCCGUGGAAGCUCAGACUUAAGAGUGACCGGUGAUUCUUCAAUGGAGAAAUCUAGUGGCGGCGGCGACAGUGGGCGAUGCAGCCGAGUGCAUAAUCUUCAGCUUAACUUAACCGAUAACGGGAUGAUGCAGGACGAGUAUUACGAGGACCCCAGACUCAACGUGACAGAGCUAGUCCCUACAAAACUCAAGCUACCUUGGAUGACAAAUGUCACCUCCGUGCAAGUCCAUGAAGUGGAAGAACAACCUCCCCAACCUCCACCAAAGCCAGAUAGGUGUCGAAUGAGGUUGGACUUUGGCAAUGCACGGAACAACACUCCUUCCAACCGAUAUGAGAUUGACCCCAGUAUCGAGCUAGAAGGACAAGAAUGGUUCCACGGAGCCAUUACUCGUUGCGAGGCCGAGGCAAUUCUCAAAGCUACAAAGGAAGGCUCCUUUCUCGUCAGAAACUGUGAAAGUUCCUCCUUCAACCGAUAUUCGCUCUCUCUCAAAAGUGCGAGGGGCUACAUCCACGUCCGAAUAGAGCCAAACUCUUUGGGCAGCUUUAGUCUGGGGGAGCAGGAUUUCCCAUCGGUCCCCCAUUUGGUGCUACAUUUCAUGUACCAUCGACUCCCCAUUAAGGGAGCCGAACAUGUGAAAUUAAUGUAUCCAGUCAUCACUCAACUCUUAUGAACAGCCAAUUCGAAAUUCAUUAUUCGGAUGACUUUGAACCGAAUUAGUAUAUUAUUUCCUAAGUCGUCGUCGUCGUCGUCGUUGACAGUUGCAGGAGUACGUCUUCCCGUCUUGACUUUUUAUUAUUGAGCACAGUUUUUUGUACGUCAUUUUAUAUAUCUUGGUUUUUUAUUUUAUUUUACUCGAAACGCCUUCUCACAAAACUUUCUUUACAUAAUUUUAUAUAUUUACAAGUUUCCAAGUUUGAAAAAUCGCUUGAUUUAAACUUUAUAUUUAUGUAACGAUGUGUGUAUAUUACGAUUUAUCAGCUGAACCAAGGAUGCGACAAUAUGAUGCAGACGCGAGAUGACGAUGAUGGUGACAGAGUUCUGUAACCAAGAAAGAGGGAACUUUUCAGAUAACUUUUGCUAUAUGGGCUUUUUUGAGAUUAAGAGAAACUUUUUGGAGUGAAAGAAGAGGGGUAUAUAAAUGUGUCGAGAUAAUCUCAUUGUCCAUCUUUAAUUAGAAAAGUUAUAAUGAAAUUAAAAAUUAAUAAGUAUAAUCGAAUUUAAGCUGUAUUAGAUAAACCACUAACUAAAACAUGCCAAUCUGAUGAGAUUCCGCCAUAUAUCUACAUAUACGUUUAAGAACUGACUCCUGAACUCAGUUAUCUUAUUGCACAAUCAAAAGUAAUGUGUAGUUGUACCUUAGAUAAAAAAACACUAGAAUAGGAAGAGUGUCUGUUCAACUAUUUAACAAAAUCAUUGUCGACUAUUUUACGAAUAGUGCAUAUAAUUUAAAAUAUUGAUGAUAAGAGAAGGUUAUCAGAGGAUUACAGUAAGUUGACCAGAGAGAGAGAGAGGAAUCGUAUUCGGGGUAUUAGUAUAAUUGAUGUCAAAAAUUUAGAGCAGUAAUAACUUUAACCGAAAACGAGAUAUUAUUAGUUUAACAAAUAGCGACAAUUCUGAAAGAAGAAAUAAAAAUCCGACAGAAACGAUGAAAUUUUGUGAUGAAAUAAUUUUUGAAACUGCAUAGUCGUCAUUUUCUCUUAUGUAUGUCAUACGCAUGAAAGAGGAAAAUGACUGCUGGAUUUUUUAUGAAUAGAUUUUCAGGACGAAAACGGGGUAAAAGUUUGUCUUUUCGUUGGAAAAAUAUAUUAAUUAAUAUGUGUCCAUCCAUUCCGUGUGGGAGUAUUAGAGAAAUUUCCUCAUUUUUAAAUGGGAUGAUCAGUAGAUUUGAUGAAAUGUGAUGUUUUAUUUUAAUAUAAAUUGAUAACUUAACUAUGAAUUACAUUAUAAAAUUAAGCAUUUAUGUAACAACAGUUAAUAAGACGUUCAAUACAAAGUUGUUGGAUCCAUAUAGAUCUUGAACCUGUAUUAAUAACCCACACUCAUCGUUAUACGUAUAAUGAUACAUAGAGAACUUAUUAGCCCAUAUUCAAUAUGUAUGUAUGUACGAGAAAGGAGGAGGUGGAAAGACGGAUUCGAUUGUUAUUAUAACACAAGUCAUAUCAUCUUUUGGAAACGGAACUACGUACGUACGUAAACGCAAAUUCUUGAAGAAUGCAAUGUUUGGAAAUGAUCUCUGUUGUACUUGAAUGCAAGAUUUGAUAGUUGAUAAUAAACCGUGCAAGUACUAGUGCAAAAUUUAA